ACUCUAAAAAUAAAGGUCGACUGUUUACAUUUAUUCACGUUUGCAUUAUAGAUUUGAUUUAAAAAAUGACUUGCAAUAUUUUCCGAAUUAAAGUAGAGAGCACUUGAGUAACACAUUUAUCCGCUUUUUAAUGAAGAUUGUAUGUAAGACAACAAACAUGUAGAUUUGAUGCAUCUUAGUCAUGGAAGAAAUUGGACUUGAACAAAUGAAAAAGUCUGCUAUUGAAGAUAUUUUGAAAAAGUUGAGCCAGGUUAAAGGCAAACAUGAUUGAAGGUCAAGCAGAAGAUGAAAUUAACAAGUUGUUAACGAAGCCAGAGGCUAAUGGUCAUCCGAAGGUUCUUGUCGAGCGUAAUCUAUUCUCACAGAAACAGUUUGAUGAAAAUUUUGAGGCAGGGACGCGGCCCUCGCCGACUGUAAAACAGAUUAUACACAAGAAACUGUCAAAAUGUCGAUGCUCAGGGACUUGUUUGAAGGGGUUUAUUUAUUCGUUGUUCCCGUUUAUAAGUAUUAUGAAGAACUACAACAUCAGACAAGAUAUAACCGGAGAUAUUGUCUCGGGGCUGACAGUCGGAAUUAUGCAUAUCCCACAAGGUAUGGCUUAUGGUAUGUUGACAACUCUGCCACCUGUAUAUGGAUUGUACAUGUCAUUCUUCCCUGUUCUUCUCUACUUUUUAUUUGGAUCCAGCAAACAUGUCUCUAUGGGUACCUUUGCUGUAGCAUGCUUAAUGAUUGGAUCUGCUGUUUCCAAGGGGAUGGACAGUCUGGGAGAAGACUUCCUGUCAUCUAAACCAGUUGUACUUUCAUCAGAGAACCAGACACAAGUCGUGCUGAAUGAGACUUUUGGAAAUUUUACAGGCAACCAGUCUGAAACAACAACAAGAAAGUCAAUAUCAACAGCAGACGACACAUCAGAGAUGUCACCAGAGGAGCUUGAUCUACGGCUUCAGUUUGCUAUGUCUGUUACAUUUAUGGUCGGAGUCAUUCAGCUGAUAAUGGGUGUUUUCCGACUGGGUUUUAUCACAGUCUACCUCUCAGAUCCACUAAUAAGUGGCUUCACAACUGGAGCAGCUUGUCAUGUCUUCACAAGUCAAAUCAAACAUGUGUUUGGUGUAUCAACUGAGAGAUACAGUGGUGUGUUUAAACUUGUAUAUACAUACCGAGAUUUUUUCACCAACAUUGAGACAACAAAUAUAGUCACGUUGCUCCUGUCUGUUGUUUGUAUAGCAGUGUUGUAUUGUACAGGUAGAUUCAUCAACCAGAAUCCAAAACUUAAACCAAAGAUGUUCAUGCCCGUACCCAUUGAACUGAUUGUUGUGGUACUUGGAACAGUGGUCUCAUAUGCACUGGACUUAGAGCACACCCAUGAAGUUAUUGUUGUCUCAGAUAUUCCCACUGGUUUACCAGUGCCAAAUACAAAAUGUUUUACUCGUAUUUCAUCCGUAAUCUCAGAUGCUAUAGCAUUAGCUAUUGUCAUAUUUGCCAUAUCUAUAUCCAUGGGAAAACUGCUUGCCAAGAAACAUGACUAUGAAGUGGAUGCUAAUCAGGAACUGAUGGCUUAUGGUAUAUCAACUGUAGUUUCCUCUUUCCUGUCGUCUGCUGCGCCAUCUGCUUCAUUGUCCAGAAGUCUGGUACAGGAGAGAGUGGGAGGUAAAACCCAGGUUGCUGGUUUGGUAUCCUGUUGUCUCCUACUAGUUGUAUUGCUGGCUAUAGGACCUUACUUUAGAACAUUACCUAAUAGUGUUCUAGCCUCUAUUAUCAUUGUUGCCCUGCGAGGGAUGUUCCUACAGGUCCUUGAUCUUAAGAAGCUGUGGCGAGUUUCAUUGAUAGAUUUUUUUGUGUGGAUUGUGGCGUUUGUGAGUACAGUAUUGUUGGAUGUUGACCUUGGAUUGGGAGCUGCUGUUGUCUUCAAUCUUAUAACUGUCGUCUGCAGAAGUCAAAAACCAUAUGCCUGUUUGCUAGGACAGAUGCCUGGAACAGAUAUAUAUAGGGACAUGAAUAUUUACCAGGAGGCAAGAGAAAUUGAUGGUUUAAAGAUCUUCAGGUUUGAGCAAUCUCUAUUCUUUGUGAACAUAGAACACUUUAGAACACAUCUCUACAAGAAAACUAUUAAUCCAAGGACAUUAAAGAUUGCCCAGAAGAAGAGAGAGGCAAAGCUAGAGAAAAUGAAGAAAAAGGACAUUAUGAUUGUCGGAGAAGUGGUACCUGAUGUUAGUAUACCAGCUGAUACAUUUGACAUGGAGAUUGACAGUAGUGGCUCAGUGAAGAUUCCAAUAGAACAGAAACCUAAAACACCAAUAGAUGUGGACUUUCAUACCAUCAUCUUUGACUGCUCACCAUGGAGUUUUGUGGACUCUAUGGGGGUGAAAGUUCUUACCUCAAUCAUUGGUGAAUACAAAGCUGUUGGGGUCAAAGUUAUUCUGGCCAAUUGCAAAGGUGGAAUCCGAGAGAUGUUUGAAAAAACAAAGUUUUAUGACACCUUAGACCAUUCCAAUAUUUAUGUUUCACUACAUGAUGCAGUGGUUAAAGCACUUCACAUUGAAACUCCAGUUUAUACAUCACAGGAAGAUGCAGCCUCAGAACAUGGCACAAGUAUGGCAGAUAAAGAUGACUCUGUAGAGGAUUAUAAUUUGGACUUUAUUGAUGAUGAGUCAGUGAAAGGGAGAAGGAAACAGGGAUCUAAAAGUAGCUCAACCCAAGCAUGAUCAGCUGUAAUAUAUGAGUAUGUACAGGAGGCAGUGUCACUUAACCAGUGGGAAUUAUAAACCAGCUGAAUGUAUCAAAAAUUAAUGUAUCUUAAAGUUGAACUUUACACCUUAUAUAAUACAGGGGAAGUAAUUCAUAAACCAGCUGAUUGUAUCAAAUUGUAGCUUAAAGUUGAAUCUUACACCUUAUAAUACAGGGGAAGUAAUUCAUUUAACAUUUGUGUUUGCAAGUUAUUAGUGGAAUAAGAACUAUUGAUGACAUAGGAAUAUAUGGACAUAUGGCUUAAGGAAAUUUAUUGCAGCUAAAUAUUGUAAUGUUUACUUGACAGAAUAUAUAAGUAUUGUAGGAGGAAAUUAAACAUGUUUGAAUAAAUCAUCAUAUUUCUGAUACCUUAUGAAUGAACAUGGAGAAGUUAUUCACAUCUAAACAUAUCAACUCAUUGUUGGCAAAGAUAUUAGAUAUGAUGGCGAUGUGUCAUAUAGUACUAAUUUGAUGAAUGGCAUAAACUUUGCUGCUGAACAUUUAUUUGUUACUAUGGUAAUAUUGUUUCUAGGUAGGUUGAGUUACUGUGUUUUAAAAGUGUUUACAAAAGUAUAGUGCAAAUAAGCAUUUGUUAGAUACUACUAUUACAAGCAUUGCCUUCUUUGAUCAGAACAAUAGUUUUGCAUAUCCUUAUUAUACAUUAUUAUACAUGUAGAUGAGUAUUUUUAAACAGUA